AUGAUUUCUAAAAGUGAAAUUGAUAAAUUCUUGUUAGCUAUUGAAGGUACAACGGAGGAAACAGCUUUGUACUAUUUAGAGAUGUGUAAUGGGGAUAGUGAUAGUGCAAUAAAAUUAUAUUAUGAAAUAAAUGGGGAUGUAGCUUUACAGAAUGAAAAUAGCCAAGUAGCUAGCGAAAUAAAUUGUGGAGGACAAACAAGUAUCGAAGGAACAGCAGACGAUGCAAUAGGGUAUGAAACUACAGAGAGAGAAAAAAUAAAAGAAACUAAUAAUGGUAAUAAUACAGAAUAUGAAGAAUAUGUUAGAGAACCAGAUAAACAUUUUAGUCAAGCUUUAAUUAAUGAUAUGGAUAAUAUAAAUUUUGUACAUUUUAAUGAUAAAAAUAAAAAUAUAAAAAAAACAAAAAUAGAAUUAGGAGAUACAAUUGGUAAACUUUUUUCUCCUCCUGAGUUUUUAAUUUGUCCUUUAUCAUUAGAAGAAGUGAGAAAAAAAUCAAAAAUUGAAAAUAAAUAUAUUAUAGUAAAUAUACAAAACUCGGAAUUUGAUUCAUUAAAAUUAAAUAGAGAUAUAUGGAAUAAUGAAACGAUUCAAGAAAUAAUAAAAGACUCCUUUAUUUUUUGGCAAAGAGAUGAGCAUGACCAAGAUGCAAUAAUAUUUAUGAACACAUAUAAGAUAACGAACCUCCCAUGCAUAUGUGUUUUAUGCAAAAGGACGGGAAGAAAAUUAAAAGUAUGGAGCACUAAAACAUUUGAUGAUCCUAUAUGUGCGCAAUCGCAAUUAUAUGAAUUGAUUGAGAAUGCUGAAACAAAACCGAAUAAUAAUUAUAGUAGUAUAAAUAGUAACAAUAAAAAUGUAGAAUUAAAAAAUAAGUUGCUUAAAACUGAUUGUGAAAAAGUUGAUAAUUCUCUUUUAAAUAAAACUUAUAAAAAUGAAAAAGAUAUUACUAAUUGUGUGACAUAUUCCAAAAACAAUACAGACAUGGCUAAAAUAAAUAUGACUGACCAAUUAAAAGAAUAUAGCACAAUAAAUAAUGAACUAUUAGAAUUGCAUAAAUUUAGGAUGCAACGAAAUCAAAAAAAGUAG